AUGGACAAGUGUGGCACGACGAACUCAUUCAAAACACUUCAAAUUGAGAAUUUUCAAAACUUUGGGACGGUCAAUUUUUAUGGUCAUAAGAACUUAGUGAAUAACAUGGGGUCGACUGCGACGUCACAAACGAACACAUUAGUCGUCCCCGAGAAGAAAGAGUUUGAGGAGGUCAAACCGUUGAUCGUUCCACUCACCAAAGAACUUCCUCCCGACACUCGUGUGAUCAACAAAUUUGCACUGACUGAGAAGAACUUAGACAAACUGAAAGACUGGACGAAGUGUUCGAAGUUUCAAGUGGUGUAUUCAAAUGAAAAUGAACCGCUGUAUGCCCGUGAUUUCUAUGCGAAAGUUAAAGGCCUUAAAAAUGUGAUGGUACUUGCAGAAACAACAACGGGACAAUGCUUCGGCGGCUUCUUUGGUAAAAUCCCCGAGAAACAAAACACGUGGGUGACUGAGGAUUUGAAGCACUUCGUCUUCACUCUCCGUAACCCCGUCAUGAUCCCACCCACCCCCAUAUACCCACGAAUCGAUAACAGAAAUAUUUUACUCAUUCGAGACAAUGCUGAGCCUAAAGUCGUAUUAGAAAAUUGCGCUUUUGUCGUCUGCAACGACGGCUCAAGUAGACAACACAUCAGGUUCUCUUCGACUUAUCACGACACAACUUUUAAGGGCGAAAGACUCUUCGCUGGUAACCAAAAGCUUUUCCAAAUCAGAAACUUCGCUGCGCUCUGUUGGGAGGAAUAA